CGGAUAAAUUUAAUCGUGACCGCUUGCUGCAUUUGGGUUAACAUCGAUCGAAAGUCCUCCCGUGCCGGUUCUUCGAGACGUUUAGAGAAUCGGAAAAAGGGCACGGGAAUAUGCCCUGCGUCGGGGAUCUCACGUCGAGAUUCUCGAUUCACAGUGAUUCGAAUACCCAUCCGUGCCGUUUAUGGUGAAUGCACCAUAUGUAUUCGUCGAAGAAAGGUGACCCCCUUUGCCCCCUCGGCUUCCAUCCCCAAGUACGAUGGCCGACCCGUUGCAAAAGAUGCUUCAGGGAUUACAAGGAACACGGGGGUAAGAAAGAUAGCCUGAGGGACAUCACAUCGUCCACACCCAGUCUUUCGUAUGAGCAAUCCUCGGGCCGUUCCAAUGAAAACGGUAGAAGAAUUUGGUCGUCCGCGACGAACCUGGCGAAAGAUGAUCAGAAAACCACCACAGAAUCGCCGUCGUCCGCGGCAGCCGGUUGGACGUCACUCAUGGAUCUUUCUGCUAUCGACAAAGAGGAGGAAAGAAUGGAAGCCAGGAGGAGGCCAUCGAAAUUGCAAAUCAAGGAGGUCAUAGACAACAGUAACGAGAGCGCUUCGGAAAACGAUGUCGAGUUCAUAAUUCAGGUGAAGAAAUCACGGACCGGUCAUAUGAGAAAUUCCGUGGAAAAUGACGAUCACCGGAUGGAAGAGAGCGAGACGGAGAGAUUGCGGACGCAACUGUUCGAAUUACAAGCGCGAUGCGAGCGAGCAGAGAAAGAGAAAAGCGAGAUCCUGAUGAGAAGGUUGGCCACCAUGGAAACGAUAUCGAGCAAAUCGUCGCCGAACGAAGUGCAAAAAUUACAAAAGAAAAACGAAGCCCUGACGCAAGAGAAAACCAGCUUGAUGACGAAAAUCCGAGAGUUAGAGAAAGAGGUGAACACGAAAGCGUUCAGGGGCGAAAGGGAUCGAGAAAAGGAUGAUCUACGAUCGAAAUUGAAGGCGGCCGAAAAUCUGUGCGAGACGUUAAUGGACGAGAACGAGGACAUGAAAAAGGAGAUCCGACAACUGGAGGAAGAGAUCUACGAGCUACAGGACACAUUCAGGGACGAGCAAGCGGACGAGUACGUCCGUCUGCGAAAAAGUUUGGAACAGUCGAAUAAAAAUUGUCGAAUUUUAUCGUUCAAGCUGAGAAAGGUCGAGCGUAAGGUCGAGGAGUUGGAGACCGAAAAAACGUCCCUGGAGAAGAGAUACGAUGAGGUGAAAAAGAUCGAGGAAACAUUGCAGAAGAUUAAAAGCGAAUUCGAUAAUAGGCCUCAGAAGAAGGCGAGCGAUCUCGCGACUAGAGUGCAACUGAAGAAGCUCGUCGACGAAUUGGAGAAAGAGAUAGGCGAUCUGAUGGUUGUUUUUACAAAUAUUUCCGAGGGCAAGGAUAUGGACAUUCAUGAUAUGAAAUCGAAAGAUCACGCCAAAUACGAUAAACUCUUGAAGGAUCACGAAGCGCUGAAAGAGAAAUUCGAUUCCCUGACCAAAGAGUUGGCCGACGAGAAGGAGAAGAAAAAAGCACAGCCAAGCACAAAAUUAGACGAGAAAAAUUCCGAUCUACAGAACACGAAAAAGAAAUUAGAAGAAGUCGUGACCCUGAGGGAGGUCGAGAGGAAGGCAUGGGACCAGGAGAAACAAGGGUUGUCCGAGGAGAAAGAGAAAUUGAAGUCGAAACUUCUGUCGCUCUCUGCGGAGAAACUAAAAGUUUACAACGAGGCUGUUCAAUUGAAGAAAGACUUGGAGACUGCGAAAUCGUCAGAGAAGGAAGGAGCGAAACUGGAGAAAACGAUAAAUGAAAUGAAGAAGGAACUGUCGCAGGAACGAGACAGGUGCAAGAAGUUGCAGGACGAUUUGUCUGCGUACACGGAAAGGGAGUCGAAAAUGACGCAGUCUAUUUCUUCUGUCGAACAAACGAAGGCCAAGCUGGACGCUGAAGUGAAACGAUUGAAGAAAGAACUGGAGAACACAAAAUCCUCAGACUCCACAAAAAUAAACGAUCUGACCACGGAACUUACGGAGCUGAGAAAAGAGAAGGAGAAACUUCAGUCACAAAUCGACGAGGAGAAACAAUCGAGGGAAACGGAGGUGUCCACGCUGAAGAAAAAAAUCGGUUCGUUGGAGAAGACCGGGCUGAACGCGAAACGGAUGAACGAAAUGCGUCAGACGUACAACGAGAAGAUUUUAAAUCUGGAGAACGAGCUGAAGAAAGGCCAACAGGAGUACGACAACUUGAACGAGAAGUACAAUGAACUUUGGAAGCUGAGGAAACAAUUCGAAGAGGACAACGAAUACCUCAAUAACAAACUGCGAGAACAGAACAUUGAAUUAAGCGGCAUCCGCAAGGAGCUAGAAUCGCUGCGACAAUCCACAAAACUGAAAGAAAGCGAAUGGAAAUCAGAGAAAUCUACGUUAGAGAAACGCGUGAAAGAGAGCGAGUUACCGAACAAAGCUCAGAUAACAGACCUAAACAACGACAUCAGCAACUUGAAGAAGGAGAACAAUACUCUCGUCUCGCGGUUAGAAGACUUAAGGAAAGCGAAUGACGAUCUCUCGGACAAACUGAAAGAUUACGAAGCUGUGUCGAAGAUCCAUCAGGCUCUGACGCCGGACACGAACGCCCUCGAAUCGGAAAUACGAAAGCUGAAGAACGCGUUAGAGAACAUGGAGAGGGCGAAGAAGGCGGAUCUGGCACAGUGUAAGUUACGUUACGAGCACAGGAUCACCGCCAUCAACGACGAAAUUCAAACGAUUCAGAACCAGCUGUCCCGAUACAGACGGGAACGGGACACGUACAAACGUAUGCUCGAGGGCGCCCAAAAAACGAUCGGGGAUCUGAAGUCCGCGAAGGGCAGACAAUCGAACGCGUCGUCUGGAAAGUCUGACGAGGAGGAAGAAGUGUCUGGUACCAGCGUGCUGGUGCUCGAGAGGCAGAUCCAUAACCUGGAGGAUGAACUGUCGGAGGCGCGAUUGGAAACGUCCCGAUUGAAAGCAGAACUGGUGUCCGAAAAAUCGGCCAGUCACGUUAAAGUAUCGGAACUUCAAUCGCGAAUUAACGAGCUGGAGGAAGAACGAAUGCUGACGAGUGGUAGAACAAAAAUACCAGGUCUCAAAGUUCGUAUGGAGUUGGCGUGGCAGAAGGAGAGGGAAGAGCAUCAGAGACUGUUGCAAGAAACGGCUACGUUGGCAAGGGAUUUGCGACAAACCCUAUUCGAAAUCGAGAGAGAACGGUCGAAGGAACGUUUGGAGAACAAGAGACGGCAGGACCAACUGAAGAAGGUGUACGACGAAGAGAAGGAGGAGAGCAGGAAGAAAUUACUGGAGUUACAAUGCGAUUUGCUCGAGCUGAGGGACGCUCACGCGAAAUUACGUACCAGCAACGAGAAAAUGAGACGGGAGAAAGAACGUCACGAGAAGGAACGGGAGGAACUGAAAGAGGUGAUCACCAGAAAAUCGAAACAAGAACAAAUCGAGCUACGGAAUAUCAAUGUACUGCUGCAACAAGUGAACGAUUUAACGAAACAUUUGCCCGAGUUGAACGGCAUCGCUGAAAACGGAACGUCGAACGCUUACACACCCACUCCACCCAGGCGAUUAAAGGGACCAAAGUCGAGGGAGUCGUCGCCAAUGUUGGACUCGAGAGGGGACGUAAGAGGAUCAAAUUCACAACUCGCCGAAAGAACAGACAAGUUGGAGUACACUAUUAAAAAAUUGAUGGACGUAGCCAGAGAGCUGAAGGAAUCGAAGAAAGCCGCGGACGAGUCUACCGUGACGCGAUUAAAGAAACUUGGUAAAAGAUCAACAUCCGUGGAAAGUGAUCCUGGAAAGGGUAUGACAACGGCACGCUCCAAGCCACGUUUGCAGAGGAAGAGUUUAUCUUUGGAACAGACAUCAUCACGGAACGAAGAGUCACAGCGUAUAUGGGGCACCGAUAGCAAUAUGUCUAGUUUGCAGUCGCUAGAAGGUUCGGAUAUCGAUGGACGAACAAUGAGCUUGCAGAGAGAUUCCAGUGUCGAUAGCCGCCUCUCAACUGGUUCCACAAAAAGCGAGAUGUUGGAACGAGACAAGAAGCACAGUAAAGGCAUCAUGAAGAAGAUCACGAAUAAAUUAACCAAAUCGGCCAGUGUAGACAAUCCAAACGUUUCCAUGGAUCACUCCCUUCAGACAUCCGGAUCUGAAACGAGCAUCAACGAGAAGACUGAAAAGAAAAAUCUGAAGAAGAAGUUAACGGACAUGUUUAAAAGAGGUUCCAGAAGCAGCAGUGUCGAGAAGAAGCUGAACUCCACGAAUCACAGCAGACCACCGUCGAGGAACUCUACAACAUCGAACAAGUAAUAUUACAACAUCUUUAUACAGCCAUUCUUUUACCACAGUAUAACCUUAUGUAAGUGUCGGCACUAGCAUCAAACGCCACUACAAUUGAAAAGAAAAGAUUGCUCAAUUUUAGAGUAUCAGAGCAUAUACACGAGAAGAAAAUACGAAAUAUAUUCUUGUACAUAUCGGAUGUGCUUUUACUAAUUGUAAUUACAGGACAUGUAAACGGUAAUUACACGAGCAUUUUCAAACGAUUCAUUGAAUGUACACACGAUGCUGCAAAAUAUGAAAGAACACGCAAUAAAGGAACAAUGCGCCUGUUGUUAU